AUCUUUGAGUUAUCACAACCCUACGCACUGCAGUAUGUAAGUGAUGGAUCGUUACUUCGAUAAUCUUUCUUAAAGCAAAAUAAGAAUGCAAAAUAGAAAUGAAAACAUAUUUCUUGUGUCCAUCUUCUUACUUUUCUGUGAAAUCAAUUACUGUUGUGCAGAUCGAGCUGCAACAUGGGAUGCUUGUGGCUGCUCUUGGCAUGAUUGGAAAUCUUGGUCAUCAUGUACCGCAACAUGUGGUGGGGGAAAGCAAGAACGGAUAAGGUGGGUUCGUUUUAACGAUAAACCUGGAUGUAAUGGAUUCGAAGAUUGUGCCACAAAUGACUCUGGUUGGGACAAUAGAAUAUGCAACGCAAACUGUGAAAAUGGCGGAACAAUAAAAACCUACGGUUCAACAAGUGCUUAUUGCAGGUGCAAAACAGGGACAAAAGGAAAAUGUUGCGAGCAAAUUGUCACAUGUGGGUCACCAUCAACAAUCAGCCACGGCACCUAUACUGGUACAUCAUUUUCCUACAACCGCAAGAUAACGUACCAUUGCAAUAGUGACUACAACAUGACUAAUCCUUGGAGAGCAGUCCGUACAUGCAGUCAAUGGGGCUACUGGACGGGAUCGCUUCCGACAUGUGAAUAUGCAGUUUCUUGCAAUAGCAAUCCAUGCAAAAAUGGUGGAAUAUGUACUAAUAUGCUUGGAACGUAUAGAUGCUCAUGUUCAAAGGGCUGGACAGGACGAAACUGUGAAACAGACAUCCAGCCUCCAAUAUAUGAUCACUGCCCUACAAACAAGGCCAUUCUUGUGACAACAAUGACAACGAAUCAGACGUGGACAGAACCCGUUUUUACCGACCCACACGGAUUUGGAAUUGAAAUAUCGAAAAAUUACCAAAAUAGCUCUUUUGAAUUUCCCUGGGGGAAAUUUGCAAUCCAGUAUAUUGCAACCAAACCGUCCAAUGGAAUGACAAAAGAAUGCACAUUUUGGAUUACUGUCACACCACACCAGUGCAAACCUUUGCAAGCCCCAAAACAUGGCGCAAUAGCAUGUAAUGGCUGGAAAGAGCAAUAUGCUCGCGUGUGCAAGUUCUAUUGCUAUUCUGGCUAUGACCUUCCACCUGGUUUCAAACCAGACACUGUUAUUAAUUGCGGAGCAACCGGGAAGUGGAUGCCGUCAAACCCAUUUUCGGAAUGCAUUCUAAUGAAUCUUCUGCCUUCAGCUCGAGACGUUGUCACACCAAAGUUUAACAACUGUCUUGCAGAGAAGACAUCUAUUGCCGAAACAUAUAUAAGAGAUUUGAAAAGAUCACAGUUCAACGCGCUUUGUGUUGAUAACCUUGACUUUUGUAAUGAUAGAAACGUGUCCAUUACUUGUGAUGUUUAGUCAGCUUUCGAAAAUGUAAGCAUUGGUCAAAAUAUACUCUGUAAUUAAUAUGAUACCAAUUUAAAGAGCCUUGUUUUUUUUCCCUUGCAUACUUUAAAUAUGUUAGAUUAUCACUAUUGCAAGGAUUCUCAUAGAGUAGGAGACAAAUGCAUUGAAUCCCAUUUAAACGCUUAUAUGAAUAUAUUAAAUAUUCUCCUUCAAAAUAAGAGCAUAUGAAGCAAACACAAUUGGCAAUCUUUGGGAAACAAAUUAGAUAUUUUUAUCAAUAUUUCUGGCAUCAACGCCUGCAGUUUUGUUAUGCUAUACAUGUAGAAGUAAUGUAAUGCACCAGUCAAUAGUAACCACGCCACAAACCCUAGACCCGGGUAUUUUACUUUCCAGACUUUAUGCGGGCUUGGCUGGACCGAACGUCAAAGUCUCCGCUAUUCUCCGGACCUGGGGGUGGGGGCUGGUUACAAUUGUCUGUUGUAUAAUGUCCGCUGUGAUUUCGCUGCAUUCUUAUUUUAUCCAAUCGCUUUACUAACGCAUAUUGUAUAUUAAUAUACUUGUCUUACAAAGGGUUAGUUUUCUGUAAUUUAAAUGUACUCAUAACAUUGUUCUUGCAUUCGGACUAGGAAACAUUUUCCUUAAUGCAGCUAUUUCCUUUUCUUUGAGAGUUUCAUAAAAACAAUAUAAUUGUAAGAUUUAAAUAUGGGUGCAACUUAUUUAAGUUAUAAAUUUUGUGUUACCCUCCUGUGUUUAUUAAAUGAUUCAUUAAAUAAUG